CUGAUCCUAACUGACCUAAGACAUGGAUUGUGAAGAACUGAGUUUAAAAGUAUUUGGCUAAGGUGUAUGUACACUUCCUUCAGUUGUAUGUACAGUAUAGGUCUUUUGUAUUAGUUGUAAUAUUUCUCCACUAGUUGACUUGGCAGGAGGAAUGAUAAAUGUUUUAUUCCACAUUCAUUGUGGGGUGUGUCAAUUUAAUGAGUGAGUCUUCAUUGAUAUCAAACAUAAACCCAAUUUUAAGCAAGAUAUUUUCACAUGAAGAUAGACAUGUUCUAUAUUAACUGCAGGUCUCAAUGCGUGAAACAUCACCUGAUUAAAUAAUAAUACAUUGAGACAACAAAACAAAAAACAUAGACAGUUGAAAUACUUUAUACUUGAAAUCUUGGAAUGAGGUCGCAGGUUGAGUAUUUUUCACUUCAUGGCUUCGCUCUUCCGGUAGGGUAGAGAGCUGUCCGUGGUGCCGAAACCUUUAGUAGCACGCGCACAAUAUUGUUAACAAACAUCGGAUCUGAUCAGCUGAUCAAAUCUAUGGACAAAAAACGUUGUUUUUCCCGAGGUAGUGCUCGUCAAAUACUUUAUUAUAAACAGUUAGCGAACUAAUAGUCUGCUUUGUGAUUCACUCAAUAUAUGAUGCUAAACAAGGCACAGAAGCAAUGCUACUGAUCUGCUUUGGGACAAAUGUAGACACAUGUGACAUGUGGAAUGUAGACACGACCUCCGUGUGUUCACAGACAGUUGAGGUAUAAUAAGGUAGACUGCAUGCAAAUGUUUUUCUUACCCCUCUCCCUCUGUCAAUCAAUCUUCCAUCUCUCUCCCUGAAUCCUAAACGGUCUAAUCAGCUCCACAUGAAUGAUAUAUAGAUAGACUACUAGGCUAUAGAGCUUGCACAGCCCCAUAUGGAAAAUAAUCAUGAAAAUCGAAUAAGAAUCUUGAAUGGCAGAAGAACAUUGUUUUUUCCAAAAAACUAAGUAAUCUAAUAAGAAUCUAGUAAGAUGUUGUAUGUUUUUCCUUAUAUGGCAGUGUUGUAUUUGAAUAUGUGUUACUUAUAUGACAUAUGACAAUUGAAUACAUGAUUGUGGUGCAUUUCCAUAUUUGAGACAAAAUAUAUGAAUUAUGUUCUGAGAGUGUAACCUCUAAAAGAUAAAUGUUUUUCUUGUAGGUUUGACAUUGUGUUUUAAAAACAAUGACAAUUACUAUUAGAAAAUACAGUAUUUGUAAAUAAAAGUUCAAAUAUGAGAUUCCAUGGUUAAGGCUGGGUAGAACCUCCUACUGGACAGUUGAUUCAUCUACAGCUAUGCAGGGUUUUAAUCAAACCCAGCCCUGACUACUACCAAUGUGCCAUUGUGAGAAUGAUCGUUGAAAGAUCCCCACUUAAUAGCUAAUUAGACUCACUGCUACUAUCAAAGCCAUUCCUUCUCCUCCUCUCCUCUUCCUUCUCUCCUCCUCCACCUCAUCAUCCUCUACCUGUCCUCCUCUUCUCAUUCAGUUGAUGCCCCUAGUUUGCAUAAAAUACAACCUUAGAACAUAAAAGUGAUAUUAACAUUUUUGUUUCUGUCCCGGGCUCUGGAGCGAUCAUGGACCCACGGUCUGAGGGAUCCAACUCCCAGUCCGAGGGAACCGACUACGUUCCCUACGUUAUUCCCUAUAGUCUGGAUCACAGGUCUGAGCUGUGUGUGUCAGAGGCUCACAGCCAGCAGUUACUGGGCAUGCUCAGAUCGUUCAGAGAGAGAGAGGCCUGCUGUUUAACUUCACUGUAACAGUCCAGGAACAGACCUUCCCCUGUGUCCUGGCAGCCUGCAGCAACAUCUUCAGGGCCAUGUUUGAGUUGAAAAUGCGUGAGUGUGGGGAUGGGAUAGCACCCUGGGUAACCAGCCGUACGCUGCUACCUGGACUUAUUUCACUCUGGAGAGAUAGUCGUCACCAAUGAAAACAUAGACAUGCUGUUCCAGCCCAUCUCUUUCCUACAGGUGUCUGUGCUCCUGAUUGAAACCCUGGAGCUCCCGAACUGCCUGAUGCUAUUGGCCCUCACCGAGGGAUACGGUUCCACCUCCCUCUUCCAACGGGCCACUGAGUUUGUAGUUCAGAACUUUCACGCCCACUCAAUGACUCCAGACUUCCUGGAUAUGCCGGUGGGUGUGCUGGAGGUAUGUAUGGGGUCGGACAGUCUGAGAGUGUCCAGUGAGGAGAUGGCAGUAAGGUCAUCAACUGGACAAUCCGUCAUUCCUUUGCCACAGCUAUAUACUACCCAACUACCCAGAAACCAGUGCGUGCGGCUGUAUCAUCUACACAUUGGGGUCAUCAGUGGCGAUAUCGGACUCCUUCAACCCUUCGCUGGACUGUUUCCUGCGCUACGAUGUCGUCUCUGACCAGUAGAACCACCUGGUGGCAGAGUUUGGUCAGUUUUUCCAUGGCACCUUGGUCAAGGCUGUGUCCGUCAACACUACUCCUAUGUGACCCCCACCUGUGGACGUCGGGCCCUCAUACCACCCUCAUGGAAUCUGUUUCUGACCGUUUGAGCAGACACAUGCACAUUUGUGGCCUGCUGGAGGUCAUUUUGCAGGGCUCUGGCAGUGCUCCUCCUUGCACAAAGGCGGAGGUAGCGGUCCUGCUGCUGGGUUGUUGCCCUCCUACGGCCUCCUCCACGUCUCCUGAUGUACUGGCCUGUCUCCUGGUAGCGCCUCCAUGCUCUGGACACUACGUUGACAGACACAGCAAACCUUCUUGCCACAGCUCGCAUUGAUGUGCCAUCCUGGAUGAGCUGCACUACCUGAGCCACUUGUGUGGGUUGUAGACGCCGUCUCAUGCUACUACUAGAGUGAAAGCACCGCCAGCAUUCAAAAGUGACCAAAACAUCAGCCAGGAAGCAUAGGAACUGAGAAGUUGUCUGUGGUCCCCACCUGCAGAACCACUCCUUUAUUGGGGUUGUCUUGCUAAUUGCCUAUAAUUUCCACCUGUUGUCUAUUCCAUUUGCACAACAGCAUGUGAAAUGUAUUGUCAAUCAGUGUUGCUUCCUAAGUGGACAGUUUGAUUUCACAGAAGUGUGAUUGACUUGGAGUUACAUUGUGUUGUUUAAGUGUUCCCUUUAUUUUUUUGAGCAGUGUAUUUAUUUAAAACAUUUUCUAUUCUCAAGAAUGCUAUUUGGGUUCAAAGUAACAGUAGAGGUUUCUGAGUCUUCUGACCCACUGACUUGCCUUGGUUGUUUCUGGACAUGUCUGAUCACCUGACCAAGGCAGUUGACAUGUCAUCUAUUGCGGGCAGGAUCUAUUAAAUAACUCUAGAAUGGUAUCUA